UUAAAAAAAAAAACAAGAAAAAAACCCCCAACGUUAGCGAUGUGCAGGUGGUGGCAAUCUGACGUCAUCAGCGUGCGACACGAAUUCCGCACCGAAGACACGAUGGCAGAGUCCGAGACAAAGAAGAUUAUUAAGUUGGUCCCUGAGAACCUUCUUAAGAAAAGAAAAGCGUAUCAGGCCAUUAAAGCGACCCAGGCCAAGCUUGCUUUACUGGAGAAAAGCAAGACAAAAAAGGGACAGGUGAGGUUCAAGCGUCUGGAGGAAUUUCAUAGAGACAGCAGGAGGAAGCACAGGGAUGAAGUGCGACUGGCGAGAAAUAGACACAGACCUCCUCCUGCUCUUCCUCCAGCCAAGAACAGCCUGGUGUUUGCUGUGCGCAUUCGACAGAUCAAAGGCGUCAGUCCAAAAGUGAUGAAGAUCAUUCACAUGUUCAGGCUGAGCAAAAUCUUCAGCGGUACCUUUAUUAAAGUCAGCAAGUCCUCUAUGAAUAUGCUGCGAGUCGUUGAGCCCUACGUCGCCUGGGGAUUUCCUAAUUUGAAAUCAGUUCGUGAGCUCAUCUUGAAAAGAGGCCAGGGAAAGGCUGACAAGAGAAGGAUUCCUCUUACAGACAACACAGUCAUUGAGCAGUAUUUAGGUCAGCAUGGGAUCAUAUGUUUGGAGGACCUCAUCCAUGAAAUCUACUCAACCGGAAAGAAUUUCAAGGAGGCAAACAGCUUCCUCUGGCCAUUCUAUCUGUCCGUUCCUCGACACUCCGCCCAAGAUAAAGCCGGCCUUUUGAAAGAGAUGGGCGAGCCCGGACCUCGAGCUGAGGACAUUAACAGAGUGAUCAGGAGAUUUAACUGAAUCUCUGUGAAGAACUUGGACAAACUCUACUGUUUAAUGGAGAGUUAUUGGCGUUCCUGCCUUUACUUUUCUCAGUUCUGAUGCGAUACCAUGGGUCAGAUCGAGAUUGGACAUAGUUACAAAUCAUUUCCUUCGAAAGGAAGUAUCAGACCAGAUUUUGUCUUCAGCGUAAUGGUUGAAAAGGUGAAAUGUUCCGUCUCACAGGCCAGAGUUUUCUUUAAUUCUGUGCAGCAGUUUAUAUUAAAACAAAUAUGGUUUAUUAUAAAUGGUAAUUAUGUGGUAUUCGCAUGUAUGUGUUUGUUUUUGUGCAGUAAAUCAGCACUCGCAUCAGAUUUUACUCACCGUGAAUGAAUACUGUCUGCAUUAGAGGUCGAGCAAUAGUGGAUUUUACUGAUAACAAUAACCAAGUAAUCAACUUAUGAACUUUAAAAUUGAUACUGAAUGAAAACAUAACACUCAAAAUAAUGUUGAAUUUUAUUACUAAAAUAAACAGUACUGACUAA